CGCAGUCAGAGAUCUCGUCCCACUUCAGCAUACAAAGGCCUGCAUAAACGACAGCCCCUUACCAUCAAGGUGUUUGCUUUUAAGAAUGGAACACGUGAUGCCUUCAUCCAUGCUGCUGCCCCUAAUAUAAAGAUGCUUCUGGAGUUAGCCACAGAGAAGCUGAGAUUACCAUUUGCUGCAAGGCGUAUUUUCUUGGAAGAUGGCACUGAAGUAUUUGAAGCAUCAGAGAUUCCUGAUCACACUGAUGUUUACAUUUCCAUGGGAGAGAACUACAAGGAUCCAUUUGGAGAUACCAAAAAAAACAUGAUCAUACGUCAAGGGGCUAAAUGGAGCUUGAAUGGCAUCAUUCUUCCUGAAGACAGAAAGAAACAAACCAGACAUCGCUUAUCCAAAAGACUUAGGUCUCUCGCCCAGACUAACUUCAUGCGGAUCAUUAUCUACAAAAAUGGCAAAAGUAGCGAGCCGUGUGAAGUUGUUGCAGAUCCCAGCAAAUUUGAUGAUUUCCUUGUGGCAUGCACAGGAAAGCUUGACCUCCGAAGCCAUGCCAAAAAAGUCUUUGACUGGGAGGGUAAUGAGAUCACUGAUCUGGACGAUACUCCCAUUCUUGAUGAUGGUCUGCAGUCGAAAGUUUUCCCUGUCCAUGGACCUCUGUGGAUUUCAGCAGGUGAAGGUUUCAGUCCCCUCGGAACUCAGGAAUUUCUUGCCAGCAUGCGCCAGAUCAUCCUAAAGAAGCUAAAAGACCUCCAGCAAUACAAAAAAGAGAUAGAAGCAGCACUGGAUAAUGAUGCUGAAAAUGUAACCUUGGCCUCUGUUAAGGCCAUGAAAACUGAAGACCUCUAUGAAGUAUCAGAGAAGGUGGAUGCUGAGAUUGAUCAGCUGAAAGAAACAUUAGGAAGACUGCAAGCUAUGAAGGAAAAGAUGAGUAUGGAAGAAGUAUCUGGUCCAAAGUACCACUUGGCCCAUAUACAGGAGGUUCAAGCUGAUGAUCGGAUUGUUGGAGUUAAAGGUCUUAGACUGAAGGUGUAUGAAAAUGGGGCUCGAAAUGGAGGAUUCUGUCUUUACUUCAAUUUGCGAGAUGCUAUGAAGAACACUGGGGCUGCAAUGGAGAGGUUGUUGGAUGUAAUAUCUGGAAGUCAGCGGGCAUCCCAGGGACCCCAGCCCAGACUAAAUGCUGUAGCUCAGCGAAUCUACAGGAGAUCUGGCGUAGAGGUCACAUCAGUCUUUGACCUCAAGGACGAUGAUGAGAUAUGGGUUUCGUAUGGGGAACCAUUUAUCUCCCCAUUCACAUAUUGUGUUCAACUGAUCUUUGAGAAAGCCAUUAAAGUUCUCAAAGAUGACUUGGAGCACAUUGUCCAUGAGCCACUUGUAGAUCCAGAUCUUAUAGGUGAUUUGAAAAUACACAGCAAGUGGGAUGCCUCCAUCUCCUUUCCUUCUGCAUAUGAGGCCACUCAUGAUUUAUUCAGUCAUGAUAGUGACAAGGUGGACUUAUUAAUGCAGCAUGCUGAGGUCGACAGUCGGGGUACAUUUCUUUUCCACAAGGUGCAGACUAAUCUGGUCCUGUAUCCAGAGAUUGCUGUGAAUGAAAAGGUCCAAAGAGGAAAUUUGAAUGAAAAGGCGCCAAGAGGACAUAUAGAAGCACAGAUCUGGGUCAUUUCAAAGAGUGGAUUCAUUUACAACAAAGCCAUGCCUCAGUUGUGCCUAGCUGUGUCUGAAACACGCAUAAAGUGCAAACUGCUGGAAAAGAAGACAGCUGUGGAAGGAUUUAUGGUUACAGUGCAGAAGAAGAUGUCUGGCAACCCUAAUCAGAUAUGGAAAUUUGCACCUGAUGGGGCCAUCUCUGCACAGGCAUAUCCAGAUCUCCUGCUGACCUACACAGGCACAAAAUGUGAUGAAGAAGAAACUCAUCAGGCCAUUGAUGUGCAAGGUACUCUAUCAGGCAUGCGCGUAUGUCUGAUUGUGGCCGAUCCUCUGCAAAAGAAAGAUGCGAGCAGUCAGAGGUUUGCACUGAAGCAGGAAAGACUGGACAACCUUGGUCAGUGGAAACAUACAGAUGUUCCUAAUCCGGAGUGGAACAAACAGGCCCUCUCAUGGCCUGUCACUCAAAAUGGCAUGAUUAAUGAGAAGUAUGACUGGCCUAUGGAGGGUUUCCUGCUGCCUCAUGCUCCUCCUCUUGAGCGUCCCUCUGCAAAGAGCGGAUUUUCUUUGCUGCCUGCAAGAUUGUCAGUGCUAAAGAAUGGACAAAAGGAUACUUCAGCUGCUGUCACUGUGGUGGGCCCUAAUCUUACAGCGUUCCUGGAUUCCUGCACGAGUCUCUUAAACCUGCCAUUUGCUGCCAGACGACUGUUUGAUGAAAAUGGCAAUGAACUUUUCACUUUGCAAUCCUUAAAACGUGACCAGAUUGUGUUUGUGACAUGUGGAGAGACCUGGACAGACCCAAAACUUACACGAAAGGAGCAGUAUCGCAGACUUCUAUUGUCACAGCUGUCCUCUGACAUUGAGAAAAUUCGACAGUACUGUGCCCUCCGUAACCCUAACAAUUAUGUUCUGGAAGCUGAAGGAAAGCUUAUGCCUGGCGUUAGGUUAGUAGUUAACAAACAGUGGACACAUGAUGACAAGCCUGCUACUGAGCGAGUGGUGAGCGCAGGAAAUGAGCAGACAUUGGACAGCGAUAAUGAACAAGGGGAGGAGAAUACUGACCUAACAGCUCAUGAACGGGCACACCUGCAGAGUGAUGAGCGAUACAGCUCACUAAAAUGGCCAUGGGAACGUGUGGUUAAUGUUCAGCAUAGCCUUGAUACCAGUGAUAUGGAGGCUCAGAAGUACUCAGACCCAGAACUCUAUGAAAAAUUCAAGCCAAAAUCCUCACCACGUAUUCAACGGGACACUCUUCAGAGAUUUGUGUAUGAGGAUGGUUAUAUUGCUUCCAGUUCUAAUUCUAGCCUUGUACUGGGAACAACUCAGCAGGAAGGGAGGGUUAGUGAAGUGGUUCUCGUCAAACGGCGGCCAGAUGAUAUCAGUCAACUCUGGGUUAUAGCCCCUAAUGGUGAGAUCUGCUCCCGCUAUAAGCAGAAACAGGUUUUGACUGUGGCAUUCCCAAGGAAGGUCUGCGAAUCUACAGAGCCGCAGACUUUUGCAGGCUGCCCUGUAAUGUUGCAGUCCAGACGCUCUAAUCAAUUUGGCCACGCCCAUCAGAGAUGGCACUACAAUGCAGAAACAGGUUUCAUCUCUGCUUUCAGCUCAGACGUUGCAGACAAAGAAAUAACAUCUGCCAAUAAAGUGGAUGUUUGCACUUAUGCUGUUGUUGGGUCAACAAAAAUAGAUCAACCGGGCUAUGAAGCAGAGGUCAUAUCUGAGGACAAGAAGACAUUAAAGCUGAGAGUCUGUGUGUCUUGUGCACGUGCCAUGCGUGGACGUCAUACUCUUCAGGCCUUGCCACCUAACACACCAUUUUCCUGCUCCAUGGGUGAUGCAAAGCGCCUGAAAGUGCCACAGACUGGCAGCUUUCAGGUCCUAAAUGGCAAAGUUGACUUGUCUACAUUUGAGGCUGAGAUCACGCUCAAGAACUGGGCAGAGCAGCUCGCAGUUCUUCGCCAAAAGACUAGUACCAAAAUUGCCAAAGAGAUUAAUGCUGCACGUGCUGUGACGACAGUCAAAGUCAUGGCAUACAAGAAUGGUGAAGGCAGAAUGAGACCAGGAGAGAUCAUCUGUGGAUCUACCAUUGAAGGAAUACUUUUCCAGUGCACCCAGCGUCUUGGACUCAACACCAGUGCAAGCAAAUUAUUUGCAGAGGAUGGGACACUUUUAUUGGAUGUGGAUGAUAUUGUUAGCUGGGCCUUGAAAACAUACCGUGCACUGUUGGCAGAGAAACUGGAGGCCAUGCUCCAGAAUGAAGAAAAGAAAAAUGAUAUUGAUAAUCGGCAUCAAGAAAGGAUGGACAUGCACCAUUCAGAAGUACAAGAAAGAGAUGAAUCAGAUUUUCCUGCCCAAGGAGCAGAGUAUUUUGAAGACAAUCAGGAGGCUUGUGAGUCAGAGGAAGUUGAUACACUGGAGGCUACAAAAAUGGCUAAAAGACAAGAGGAGCUGCUUAGUAGGGUGGAAUUUCCUUCUCUUGAAACUGUCCUUCGUUAUCCAGUUGAGGUGUGGGUCUCCAGUGGGAAAAACUUUGUUCCACCUGAAGUGGUUGAAUCAAAGGAAGUGAAUCGCCGUAAGAAGCGUGCACUUAGGGCACAAGUGUGCUUGGAGCUGGAUGUUGAGAAACAUGUGCUUCGUCAGAUGAAAGGGCGCCGUUUUAAGGACCUGAGUCCUGGUGCAUAUCGCUCAACCCUGAGUUCACAACAGCCAGUAAUCAUAGAAGGGCAUUGGCAGGAUAUCACUGUAGAAGAGCAGGUUAAGAACGAGACAUUGCAGAAGCUUCAGAUCCACCUUGAUGAGCUCCAGAAAAACCAGAAACAGUCAACUCACAUGGUUGGCAUCAACAUGGAAGGAUCUCUAUACAAGCAACCUUUAAUGAAAAGGGUCUUUGUGUACAAAAAUGGCGACAGUACUGACCACGCUGUGAUGAUCUGGGGAGAAUCUCUCACACAGCUUUUAGAGAAUUCUACCCUCAAAUUAGGUCUGUGGAAGCCAGCUAAGAAAUUCUAUACUGAGAAGGGAAAGAAGGUUGAGGCUUUUGAUGACAUAACAUCAGAGCAAUUGAUUUGUGUGUCCACUGGUAAAAGUUAUAUACGCCCACAGUCACAGAAUAAUAUAGUGGAGAUUCGAGCUAACUGGGGCCGUGCUCGCAAACAACAUGGUCCACAGGCAACUGAUUUAUGCGUCACUGUCAGCAAAAACCCUAAUGUAGAUGUUGAUCCGUUUGGUCCACCUAGUCUGGCACUUACAUUGACAGACAGCCAAGGCCUUAAUAAAUCGAGCACCGCAUGAGGAUUGUCCAUGUGAACCUGGCGCUUUUGAAGUCUAUGUUAAAGUAUCUAUGAAACAUGAAACCAUUGCUCCUUAGUAAGUAGUAAAAAAGAAAUAUUUAGCAUAAGGGUUUACUUUAAACCAUAUUUUUUUAACUUCUUGAUCAAUGAUGGCAAAUAACUGGUCAUUAUUGUGUUUGUGAGCAGAUUGAUUCUAAGAUCUUAUCACACCUUGCCCUUUGUCUUUCUUUUUUGAACUACUGUAACCCCUCCUGCUGAGUAGCAGGUGUCUUUGUUCUGCACUUAUCAACUUAUUUUUCUGUUCCUGAUGAAAACUUUCACAAGCCAAGGCAUUUCUUUUUUUUAAAAGAUAGAUGCCACCGUUUGGAAUUACAUGACCUUUCAAUCUCUAUGUUGUCAGGUUUAAAAGACAUUUACAUUUUGUUAACAUUUUCAUUUUUAAGGAAUUUAGCGCAUUUGUGUGGCAGCAUGUCAAGAUGUUUUGACAUACACUUGUGACAUGUAGAAGUAUCUUCUGUUGUGAAAUAGGAGGUGGGGUGGUGCUGGAAAGAGAGAAGGAAAAGAAGGAAGGAGGGAGGAGAAAAAAGUGAGGGAGAUGAAGGGGGAGGUGGGAGAAAUUUUACCUUUGCAGUGUAGAAAAGUGCCUGUGAUAGUACAUGUCUAUUUGUAAAAUAUUUUAUGCUAGAUUAUCAUUGUGUACAUGUAUAGCCACAGCAGUGGAUUAGUGAUGAUAUAAAAAGCAUAGGAGCUGUAAAUGUCUAGUCAUAAAGAUUUUGAUCAUCACCUAUUUUCAUCAGCAAAUGCAGUUUGCUUUUAAUGAUCCAAAACUGCUUAUUUUAUCUAUUGUUGUUUCACAGGGUUUCAAUAUUAUCAAUUGUUUCAGAUAUUUCAAGCUAUAACUAUAUAGAAAAAGUAAUUAUUUGUGAAAUGUACAAAAGCAUGAAUGCAGUACAGUAUACAACAUACAAAUGCACUGAAUUAAAUCCUGAUCAUAUUUAUAACUUUGAAAUAAAGUCUAAAGUAUUCCUGAUUUAAAAAAUGCAAUUAAUCAAUCAUCUGUGAUACAUUUAUUAAACAUGAGGGUGAGAACUUAAAACUAAUCACCUGAAGGGCAAACAUUUCUAUUUAUUUGUAUUUCUCUAUCAGGUACUAAGUUCUAUUAUUUAUUUAUAUGAUUAUUAAUGGCAAAGAUGUUAUGGUCCUGGUAUUAUAGUUAGUUAUAGAAAAUGCACCACUAUUAUGACAGAAGACAACUUCAUUAAUCAAGAUUUUUAAAUCAAGUUUCUUUAUUUGAAUAGGAAAUUAUAAUUAAUUUAUUUGCUUGUUUUUUUAUGGCACAUUAUUUUGCAAUGAUUGUUUUGUUUCUUCUACAUUUGCAUUCUGUUUUUAUAUACCAGCAUCAUGUCUGACUUUUAUUGUACAGCAGGAUAUUUAAAACGAACUUUUUGCACUUUUGUGACAUAUAAAUUUGUUUAUAGGCAUUCAUUUUGUGUUAAAAACAGCGUCUUGAUAUUUUAUUACCAUAAAUUAUAAUCUUAUUUUGAACUUUUUUAAAAGGAACAUUUAGUCAUUUUACACCUUUAAUACUUGUAAAAAAUACUUGUUAAAGCUAUGCAGAUAGUACAAUUAAAAAAUGUUUACCAUUGGUGUCUUCAUAAUUUAUCUUGGUAUUGUAUACAGAUUGCCAAAGAUUUUUUUUCUCCAUUUCAUAGUGGCUUGUAUUGGUUUUUUUCUUUUAAAUUUGAGUUGAAAUCGUUAAGGUUUUUUUGCGAAAAAGGAUGGAGGCUAAGUAUAUAUAUGUGAUGAUAAUCUAGACCAGAAGGAAAAGAGCAACAUUAACUCAAAACGAUUAUAUAGACUUCGCUUUUGUUAUCCCUUUCACCAGCAUGUGAAAAAAAAAACCAAAUUAAAAUAAAGAAAGCGACAAAUCAAAAGUAUUUUAAAGAAA